AACCAUGGAGGACCCUGCUGGAAAAGAAUCCUCUGCUUUGCCCCCUGCUCUUCCCAGCAAGUCACAACCAGUAACACCAGUACGGAUCACGGUGCUGAAGGCACAGGAACUGAAGACUCUCAAAAGUGACCUGUCAGUCACCUUGGUGCGUGUGGAGCACAAGGGAGCCAUCCUGGGAGACUCCUCCACGGCUGAUGUCUUGCCAGAUGGGACAGCCAACUACCAUUUCAUGACCAGCUUCGAGUGCAGCCCUGAUGGGCCCAUCUCCUUGGAUGAUGUUGUGCAAAACCCUCUGCUCUUGACAGUGAUAGAAGUGUUGCCAAAGGACAAGAGGCAGAAGGAGAAGACUCUGCCUCUUGGCCAAGCUGUGGUGGACCUUCUACCUCUGUUGCAAGGGCAGUCUUCAUUUAAAGUCUUGGCUCCUCUGUAUGCAGUGCCUACCUUCCCAUCAGAGAGCCUUCACCUGGAGGCCCAGGGUGCCCUUGAGGUGACAGUGUGCACCGAAGAGCCUCUGCUUUCCCCAGCAGAGCUUUCCAAGGGUAACCUCCUGACUGUCACCCUGGAGGCAGCUUAUUCUGUCCCAGAAGCAUUUCCUCCCUCUGCAGCCCUGCAGAACUACAUGGCCUGCUUGCAAGUUCCAGCCCCUGGGGAGGAGGAAUUCCCCUUGCUCUUCACGAAUGGCAUCCUGAAGCUUGCUGGUGAAAAAGAGCCCUUACCUCGGCCCAAAAACUGGCCCCUUGGUGACCUCGUGGCCCCUGGUGCUCUGAGCAUACCCAACUCCUUCAUCACCGGUGGUCCCUAUGAGGAUGAGGAUGGAGAGCUCAACAAAAGAGAGGACAGGGAAUUUAGGAUCCAAGCAGAAGGCAGGAGGAGAAUCGUGUGGGACGUGGAGAGGCGCCGGUACCUGGAUCCUGCUGCAGUGCUCACCCUGCAGAAGUGCAUCUCCACCUGCCACUACUGGCCCCUGGAGGUCUGCAGGGUGGCUGUGGCUGCACCCAGCAAAGGGAAAACCAGCAAAGCUGAUAAGGGAGAUGAGGAGAAGCAGAUUUCCUUCCACGGCGUGGCCUAUGUCAACGUGGUGCCUUUGCUGUGCCCUGGUGUGAAGCAGAUCCGAGGGGCUUUCCCUGUCUUUAGCUACCAAGACAAAGAGGUGCUCGAGAAGACCAAAAGUCAGCGCAGUGUUUUCCGGGAUCUGGGGACGCAGCUCGGUCUGACUAAGAGAGGGUCGUGGGCUUCAGGAGUCAGUGCUCCCAGAGCUGCUCCCCCCAAGGCUCAGAAGGAAGACAAAGCCACCAAAGACAAGGAUUCCAACCGAAUGAUGUCCAUCACCACCAAACUCCAGCCGUCGGAUGCCACCGUAGAAGCUGAAAACGCCACAACUCUCAGCCUUGAUGGACAGCAAUACGUGGAAGCAGGAACCUUCCUGGUGGUGGAGAUCAAGCUGGACAAGGCCUUGGUACCCAAGCGCUCGCCGCAGGAGCUCGCCGGACGGGUCAAGGAGAUGAUUCCUCCUCGCCCUCCUCUGCCUCCCCAGACUGCAGGAGCCAAGAAGGCCGUGGAGGAUUAUCACAAGCACAUCACCAGCGUUGCUCUCGCCAUCCUCAGCGAGUACCAUGAGCUUUUUGGGAAGCAGCUGCCCCAGCAGGGAGCCAUAGACCCCCAAACCCUGGAGGAGCAGAGGCGCCAGCUCAACUUUGAGCUCAACAGCUCGGGGAAAUACUUUGCUUUCAAGGAGCAGCUGAAGUAUGCUGUGGUGAAGAUAGUGAGGGAGAAAUACCUGAAGACCACAGCGUUUGAGAGCCAGGAGCAGCUCCAGGCCUUCCUCAGCGAGCUCUACGUGUACCUCAUGGAGCAGAUGCACGUGGCCCUGAACCAGCUCCUCUCUGAGGAAGCUGCUUCUCCUGCCCCUCCAAGCCGUGUGACCCAGGAGCAGCUCUGGCUCUUUGCUCGUGAAGCUGAAGUCAACAAGGACUACAAGCUGGCAUCUCUCUACCACCAGCAGAGGUUAGCUCAGGACCAGCACAACCUCCAGUACUGGCUGGACUAUGGGGCCUUCUGCCUCCUGCUCGAGGAAGCAACCAAAGCCCAGGAGUGCUUCCAGCAGGCUCUUUCUCUGGACCCCCAGAACAUCCCAAGCUUGCUGCUCUGUGGGGUGGUGGCUGUGGAGCUGCAGCACUAUGAAGAGGCAGAGGUGUUCUUUGAGGAUGCCUGUUGCCUGGAGCCAUCCAGUGUGGUAGCCUGGACACUUGCAGGUUUGUUUUAUGAGCUGCAGGAUAACAAUAUCCAGGCAGAAAUGGCCUUCCGUGAGGCUAAGAAGGUUCUGCAAGCCCAGGAGAGGAGAAUCCCUGGGGCUGCUGAGGGAGAAGGAGGGGAAAAGCACAUCCCUGCUGAGUGU